AUUUGCACCUCGAGCCCCUGACGCACCCUGUCCUCCGUUUCGCCCCGGAGAAUCCGUUCCCGAGCAGAGGGGGACAAGAAGCGAGGGGCGGGGGAGGGGGCAGGCCCCGCCCUUCCCUGGCAACCCCUCACCCCGGCGUCGUGGGCCGCGCGGGGCCAAGUCCUUCCUCCCAGGGCGCUCGGUGAAGGUGGGAGGCGGGGGCCACGUCACUGUCCCCAGGCCCUGGAGAGCGCGGCUCCGCCCCUCCCGCCCCCGCCGGAGCGCUGGGCACUUAACUAAGACGCACCGGCCCCAGCCCAGGACCAGCCCAGUCGCCGCCGCCCGCCCACAGAUCCGCAGGCAGGUGCAGGCGCAGCUGCGGCGCGAGCGUGUGGAGCAGAGCCGUUAGCGCGCGCCGUCGGUGAGUCCGUCCCUCCGUCCGCCCGUCCGUCCGUGCGUCGCUCGGGGCGCCGCAGCUCCCGCCCAGGCCCAGCGGCCCGGGCCCCUCGUCUCCCCGCACCCGGAGCCACCCGGUGGAGCGGGCUUUGCCGCGGCAGCCAUGUCCAUGGGCCUGGAGAUCACGGGCACCGCGCUGGCCGUGCUGGGCUGGCUGGGUACCAUCGUGUGCUGCGCGCUGCCCAUGUGGCGCGUGACGGCCUUCAUCGGCAGCAACAUCAUCACGUCGCAGACCAUCUGGGAGGGCCUGUGGAUGAACUGCGUGGUGCAGAGCACCGGCCAGAUGCAGUGCAAGGUGUACGACUCGCUGCUGGCGCUGCCGCAGGACCUGCAGGCGGCCCGCGCCCUCAUCGUGGUGGCCAUCCUGCUGGCCGCCUUCGGGCUGCUCGUGGCGCUGGUGGGCGCCCAGUGCACCAACUGCGUGCAGGACGACACGGCCAAGGCCAAGAUCACCAUCGUGGCGGGCGUGCUGUUCCUGCUGGCUGCCCUGCUCACCCUCGUGCCGGUGUCCUGGUCGGCCAACACCAUUAUCCGGGACUUCUACAACCCCCUGGUGCCCGAGGCGCAGAAGCGCGAGAUGGGCGCGGGCCUGUACGUGGGCUGGGCGGCCGCGGCGCUGCAGCUGCUGGGGGGCGCGCUGCUCUGCUGCUCGUGCCCCCCGCGCGAAAAGAAAUACACGCCCACCAAGGUCGUCUACUCCGGGCCACGCUCCUCCGGCCCAGGACCCAGCAUGGGUACAGCCUACGACCGCAAGGACUACGUCUAAGGGACACACGCAAGGAGACCUCCACCACCUCCACCGCGAACUGGACCGCGCGUCAGGCUGUCCAGCGCGCAGCUUUGCCUCGGAGGCCGGCCCACCCCCAGAUGCCAGGAAGCCCCCGCGCUGGACUGGGAGGGGCCGGCUCCAGGCCCCCCUACGCCGAAGCCAUCCCUUUGCAGGCCGGCGAGUCGACUUCGGGGCCCAGGGACCAAGCCCCAUGAACUGUGAAACCUCACCCCUCUGGAGCACGGGGCUGGGGUGCCCGCCGAUACCCGUCCGCCCCGUCAAGCCCCAUCGGCCGCUGCCCUCAAUGCUCGCGCUGGGCAGGGACCGGCAGCUACGAAAGGGGGCACUUGAUGUUUUUCAAUAAAAGCCUUUUCGUUUUGCA